ACGUUCAGAUCAGAGCUGGUCUCAGUCGGAGUCUCUGCUGCUGGAGACGAGUCGGGAUGGAGACGCUGCUCACUGCUUUCCUCCUGAUUCUGGGAUUUUCUGCUGCUGAAGUGAAGGAGAAUCUGACAGCAAUCGUUGGAGGAACCAUCACUCUACCUGGUGCUGUCACUGAGACAGGAUUUCUUUUAUAUAACGGAAAAAGCAUUGCUUUAGUGUUUAAAGGUGAACUUGAUAUUGAUGUGAACAUUUACAAGAACAAACUUCAGUGGAACCGAAGCUCUGGACUCUUUAUGAUCACAAACCUGCAGAAGAACGACUCAGGAAUCUAUACAGUUCAAAAAGGCGAAUUUUAUUCUUCAUAUAAGCUUCAAGUUUAUGAUCCAGCACCGACUCCUACAGUAACACCAGUUGAUGUGACCUCUGACCCCUGCCUGUUGAUCUGCUCUGUGGACAAACAAGCGACUCUGCUGUGGAUCAGAGACAAAGAAAUACAGAACCAGAGCCGCUCUGCUCUGUCUUUACCUGUUACUGUCCAUAAGGAGGAUAGAGAUUCAUCAUAUAGAUGUGUAGCAGCCAAUCCUGCAGAGAACAAGACUGUUGAUGUUAAUUUAAUGUCAUCCUGUGGAUUCAAACAGACACAAACUCUGGAUUAUAGAAGAAAAUAUUGGAUUGCAGGUGGUCUCUGCAUUGGGUUUAUUGUAUUGAUUGUUUUUGGAUUCCUGGUGAUCCAGAAGAAGUUUUUGGGCCAAAAAUCAUCAGGCAGUCAAACACAAGGCAGGUCAGGAUAUUUGUCUCCUCAGGAAAAUGAUCCAACAUUUACAACAGUCAUCUAUAGAACCUGGAACCAGGAAAUAACUUCAUAACGUUCCUGUUUUUAAAUGUUUUAUUUUCUCCAGUUUUUCUUAUUUUGGUGCAGAAGUUUAUUACUAACUGAAGUUUAUGGAAAACAAACUUUGAGCUGAACUGUAGAGAAAACAGAGGCAAUAAAAUCACAUUUAUUUCUAUAGAACAUUUAAGAACAUUUAAGUUUAUCUGCUGUUUUCCAAAGCAAAGGAUUUAAAGCUUAAAUAGUCAGAAAAACAUAGAAUCACAUCAAACAGAUCUGCAGAUAAUUCUGGGUUUACUCAGGUGGUUUCUGUUGAUUUAUUUCUAUUUUCACUUUUUAAAACGAGACAAUGUGUCUCAGUUUAAUUUAUAUUUUUAGAAAUAAAAGAAAAAACAAUAAAAUUUUUCUUGUAUUUGAACUUUUAUAUUUUUAUAUUUAGGUGGAAAAGUUUAUUCCAGACUAAUAACAGUUUGGAUCUGAACAGAAAGCCUUUGACCCUUAAUAUAGACCUGCAGUGACCCCUAGUGGACAGGAGGAGAAACAUUAUGACGUUCAGUGAUGGCCAAACAGAAUAUUACAAUAAUUUAAACAUUAAAAACAAAUAAUAAAGAAUAUGAGGAAUAAAUCAAUAACAGAAGGAAGUAAAAAGCUGAUCUGCUUUUCAAAGAAAGUUUGUCAUUAAACAGACUUUAAGAAAAAAGUUCUAUUUUUCUCUGAUUUUGAGAAAAUUAUGAACAAAAAUGUAUUAAAUUCUUCCAAACGAUCAGAUCAAAUGUAUCAGGCUUUUUCUCACCGCUGGUAUAUUUAGGUUUAGAGGAACUGGAGUUAAUAUUAAUCUAUCAGAUUAUAUAAUCUGCAGAAAAAAUCCUGGCUGGAUGAAGUUGUUUCAUGAGUUAUAUAAUAAUAUAAUGUGAUCAAACGUUUACAUUUUGGAAUGUGAUUAAUUUAAUGUUUCUGUAUUUUGUUUUUAUGGAAGGAAAAUGAAGUAAUAAGAAUUUUUUGUUUUUUACA